CGCCGCAAGCCAGGGCGUAUCGACUUGUCGAGGACGGAAUUGACCUCGAGGAGUGCGACGCGUAAUCUGGUUCUCGAGAGCAGGGUCCUCGCCACAAAGGCAUCUUUCUUCCCUCUUGAUGGUCCUCAACUCCAUCCAGAUCACCGAUCUGUCUGUUUCUGUUAUUCUUAGUGCUCUGUCGACAUUCGUUGUCGGUUUACGGUUAUACGACAGAAGAGCGAAAGGUCAUCGCUAUGGCGUCGAUGACUACACCGUCAUGUGCGCCCUUUUUGCUGGCUGGCUCUGGACAAUCUCAACUGUCGUGUGGAUCUCGACCUACAGCCUUGGCACGACCAACAAACUUGCAAUGAGCGUCUUUCACGACUAUCAAAUCAAUUCUUACGUCAACAGACUCUUCUAUGCCAUUGCCUUUGAUCUGGCCAAGAUUGCCAUUGUCCUCUUCUAUACCAAACUUUGCGACAAGUCCAUGCACCCGCGCUACUGGAGAUUCCUGCAAUUCGUCCUAGGCUUCACCAUCUUCAAAUUUGUGCUCCACUUCUUUGUGCUUGCCAUUUCAUGCGUCCCGGUAAGCGAUUUCUGGAAUCCAUUGUCAGACCGGUCAAACUGUUUGAACGCGACACAGGCGUCCAUUAUUGUCAAUGUCUUUACAUUCCUGUGUGAACUAUUCCUCGUGGUGGCGCCGAUUCCCUUUCUGUGGAUGGCGGGUUUGUCCUUUCGUCAAAAGUUUGCACUCUGCUGCAUGUUCAACCUGGCUGUUCUCAUCAUCAUUGCUUCUGCUCUCAAACUACGCAGCGUCAUUCGGUCAACACGCAUCACACCUGCGUAUGAGCUGGCGAUAGCGCAUGUCUGGUCGGCUGUUGAGUGGAAUAUGGCUCUCCUCGUCGCUGCCAUCUUACCCCUCAAGUCUCGCCUCGAAAACGGAUUCAAGCGCUUCAAACGUAAAUUCUCAAAUCACUCGGGAGGCCUAGACGUGCCUGCGAGUCUUCGGUCUCCCGUCAUGUCAAAGCAAGUCUCAUACGAAGAAGCGAAACUAAGUGGCGACGUCCCGGGUAGUGCAGGCGGAUGCUCAGAUCGCCGCAAGAGUCAGCAUUCUUUUGGGAGUGUCUCACGUAUUGAUCGUGAAGUGGCACAACUAUCUGCCUAUGAGUUUCUGCAUCAACCGAUACCGGAAGACUUUGAUGUUGAGCGACAAGUUUACGUCAAGCCCAUUCCAGCGCCUCUUGCGUUACCUCUUGCAAAAGGUGCACCGAUACCAACAUUUGGUAAUCGCAGCACGACCUUGCCACCCGACAACUUCCAGGAAGGCGCAGAUUUGCCGGGACUCAAAUCGGCUGAUUUGAAGAGAUUUGCAGCAGAGUUGGCGACGUUAUCAACACCUUCAGAAAGUCCAGCACCGUCAAGGCAAGCACGACACUCAUCGUCAUUGCCGUCUAUUGCGCUACCGAGGCUAUCGAUACCUAGUGUGUCUGCGAUACGGUCGUCGAGGCGUGAUUCUGCAAGCUUGAGCGCUGCAGCAGAACAAGCAUCUCGCAGGUCUUCUGUUCAGAGUGUCCGGUUCGCUCCACCUGGAGGCCCUUCGCCUGUUUGAUGGUUGCGUCAUGAGCAUGUGUAUGAUUUUGAAAAAGCGACAGUCCUUUGUCUUUAGGUGUUUCUGAGGUUUUGUUAUAAAAGUGUGUACAUGGAGGCAUAGACGGACAGUGUAUAGAUUGCAGUCAAGCUAAUAUGAUGACUCAGAGAUUGAUACCGCUGCCGUGUGGUCUCAAAGCGCUAGCAUGGAUGCCCGAUGGUGGUCGAGCGAGG